AUUAUUUAACAACCACGCUUUUAGAACUAAAGGACUUAAAAUCGAGUUUCACAUUUUCUUCGAUGGUGCUGUAAAGUCAGGAAAACCGACGGAAUAUUUACUUCAGCUCGUUGUGCUUUUUGAAGAAGUGUUUGGGACAAAGGUAGGAUUUUUUACUAAAAUGGAAACACCUUAUGGUUUGUCGCUUAGCUUGCGACUGCCCUUUAAUCAAACCGAGGGCUCCAAUUGCACAAUCCAUCUCAAAGACAAAUUAAAGGUCAAAAGUAAGAAAAGGUGGAGCCAAGUCAUGUAUAUGAAAUAUGCUCUAGAUGAAACACUUCAAGCAAACCAAAAUUCCGAACAAUCUUACAUUUUAACAACUGAUGGAGAUGUCAAAUUUACCCCUAAAAGUGUUGAAACACUAAUAAAUCUAAUGGCACGUGAUGAGAGCGUCGGUGCGGUAUGUGCAAGGACUCAUCCACUCGGAAGUGGGCUGCUAGUUUGGUUACAGAUUUUCGAGUAUGCGAUUGGUCACUGGUUCCAAAAAGCAUCUGAGCAUGUACUUGGUACUGUUUUGUGUGCACCCGGAUGUUUCAGUGUCUACAGGCUUAAAGCAAUAAACGAUGUUUUGAGUCUAUACGCUACAAAUGUUGAAAAAGCAGAAGAAUUUUUAACAAAAGAUAUGGGCGAAGACCGAUGGUUAUGUACGCUUUUGGUCCAGAAAGGAUGGCGGAUAGAGUAUUGUGCAACUUCAACAAAUAGUACUCAUUGUCCUGAAGAUUUCGACCAAUAUUUCAAACAAAGGCGUCGAUGGAUUGUUUCAACACUUGCUAACCAAUGGCUUUUAAUUAAAGAAUGGAGUUUAAUCAAUCAAAACAAUUUACGUGUGUCUUUCCUCUUCAAGAUAUAUCAAAUUGUUUUGCUGGUUUCGACUUUAAUUGGACCAAGCUCAGUUAUUCUUGUUGUCUCAGGAGGACUAAAGUUUGGAACAGAUUGGAACCCUUCAGUAACUCUUUCGAUACAGGUUAUUUUAAGCGUCUGCUAUGGAAUUAUCUGUCUCAAGUCUUCGUCACGGACACAACUAUUGAUUGGGAAGUUAUAUUGUUGUUUAUACACAUUAUUCAUGAUGAUAGCGCUAGUUGGUACUGCAGUGAAAAUUGCGACUGAUAUUACAGGUCAACCAGGCUCUGAAAAAAACUUUAUCAGUGAAGAUUUAAAACUCUCAUCGACCAGUGUCUAUUUGAUAGGAAUAACAGCUAUUUUUUUCAUUACCGCUGUGUUACACCUAUCAGAGUUUUGGAUUAUAUUUUAUGGAUUUGUGUAUCUACUUGGAUUGCCUUCGAGUUAUUUGAUAUUGAUGAUAUACAGCAUCUGCAAUAUAACCGACAGUUCUUGGGGAACAAGAGAAGAUGGGCAAGGAACUUUGCAUGAACAUACAUGGAAAGAGAACAUCUUGUCGGUGAUUAAUUUUUUGUGUUCUUGUUUUUCGAGGCAAGACAAUCGACAACAAGAACAUGAAUCAGAAAAUCAAGGCACUGAUAAAAGUUUUGGUCGAUCUAGAUAUAGAACAAGAUCGUCUGGUACAACAAUAUUUGGUGACAAUACAAUGGAAUUAAAUGAUUGCGUUGUUCCUAUACAAAGCGAAGAAGACGAGUCUGUGGAAAAAUGGUUACAAGAUAUGCCAGAAGAAGCAAAGCUUUUAAAAGAAAAUGGCUUCGAGAAAACGUCUUUUAUCAGUAACAUUAGAAGAGAAGAUUUAAAGAGUAUUGGUUUAAACGACCGUAUUAAAAUAAAGAAAAUUCUUGAUAUGGUUGAACAACUGAAGGAUUACGAAAUUCCAUUGCCAAUUCCAGAAAAUGUUGAGAGUUGGUUAAAACAAAUUGAUCUGGAACAAUACAAAAAGAAUUUCUAUGAGGCAAAUUACAGAGAUCAAAAUGAUCUUGAAAGUCUAGCAGACUGCAAUGAAGAUGAUGUCAAAUCAUUUCACAUCAACAAGAGAGGUCAUAUCAGAAGGUUCUUAUUAGCCAUAAAAGCAUUACGAAAACCUUCACAUGCUCAAAAUAAGCAAGAUGAAGCUUGCUAUGCAAUCGAAAAACUGCUUUCUGGAGAACGGAACAGUGAAGUUACUGAUUUUUGGAAACACGUUCGAGAAGAGUGCCUAAGGCCAAUGCCAACAGUAUUCGAAUCCGAUGAGCACUUGAAAGUGAAACUUAAGGACUUACGCGACACGUGGCUUAUAGUAUUUGCUAUGAUUAAUGUGCUGUGGUUAAUACUUAUCGCAACGUUGGCAGAUAAGGGAAAACUACUUGGUGUGUUUGGAAGUAAUCCGAUAGGGUUUGCGGUGAUUGCUGCUUAUAGCGUUGUUCUUAUUCUUCAAUUCUUUGCAAUGAUAAAACACAGACUUUCAACAUUCCUUCAUUUCUUGGGUAUUGUUCCAAACUCUUGUGGAAAAGCCUAUCAUAGCAAUUUCGUGUUCAAUAACAGUGAUAAUGCUUUGGAAGGUAUAGAUAAUGUACUUUUCGGAACAACCAUUAAGGAAUGUCAAAGCAGAGUUGUCGGCGAAAGAAUUCUUCCACUUUCCGAGCAGAUUGAAAUACACUCCACUACAGAGACAUGUUAAUUAUUACACUGUUAUAUGAAAGCACGAUACAUGUGUGUUUAGUGUAUGUAGAACAUAUUAUAUUAAACAUAAAAAGAAAUUAUAUAUUAUGGCUGAUAACCAUCUGUUAAAAAUUUGACUUCAUGUAAAAUUUACACAUUACUGACUGAAAAAGAAAUCUAGCCUUUGACAU